UUCUCUAACUUCUCUUCUUUUUCUCUGAACACAUAGAUAGACUCGCUCUCACAAAUUAAUCAUAAGAACUUUAUCAAUCUGCUUGGGUAUUGUGAGGAGGAAGAGCCUUUCAUGAGGAUGAAGGUGUUGGAAUAUGCGCCCAAUGGAACACUGUACGAACAUCUCCAUGUUGAGGAAUUUGAUCUUAUUGAUUGGAAUGGUAGGCUGAGGGUAGUUAUGGGAGUAGCAUACUGUAUCCAGUACAUGCAUGAGCUCAACCCUCCUAUAACACACCCUAACUUAAAGUCAAGUGCCAUAUUGCUAUCUGAGGAUGGAGCUGCAAAGAUAGCAGACAUGAGCGUUUGGCAAGAAGUAUACUCCAGAGGAAAUAUGCCCCAGAAUGAUGACUUUGUUGAUCACCAUGAGCCAGUAGCUGCUGAUCCAGCUGGGAAUAUAUGCAGUUUUGGUCUGCUCAUGCUGGAAAUCAUCUCAGGAAAGCCUCCAUAUUCCGAACACAAGGGCUCCCUUGCAAACUUGGCUUUGGAGUGCAUUAGGGAUGACCAGAGCAUGUCUUGUUUACUUGAUCCUACCUUGAAUGCUCACAAAGAAAAGGAGCUAGAAAUCAUUUGCGAGUUGAUCCAGGAUUGCAUCCACAGCUAUCCGAAAGAGAGACCAAGCAUGAGAGAAGUCGCCACUAGAUUGAGAGAAGUAAUAGCGAUUACACCGGAGGCGGCAACGCUGAGGUUAUCUCCACUUUGGUGGGCAGAGCUUGAGAUCCUUUCAGUUGAAGAAAGCUAGGGAAAAUGUUCAUAUGAUAUCGUUCUUACAAGCAACACUGAGGCUCUGUUCAUACUGUCAUGCAACACUGUACAUCUCUGUUGUGCAUUAAUUUCAUCUUUUGUUGUAAUUUCGGUGUCGGCGUGUGUUACAUUCAAUCGCCGGGUUAUUUUUCUGGUUUCUUCUCCACUUUCCUCUGUAUACUAAACAUACAUGGUGUGAGAAUAGAAUGAUUCAUGCCAUUAGAAAGCGUGAUUUAUUAAUCCAGAUCAUUAU